UACGGGUGCAUCUCGCGGCAGUUGGCAGUCGUCUUCUAAACCAAGCUCAUUAGUCGCCCAGCAUUCGGCCGCGGGACACCUUUGACAGUGUGGAUCGUACCUCCAGUUCCAACCUGCUCUUCGCGCCCCCCACACGCGCCCGCCCCCUCCAAAUCUCUCUCCCUCUCAUCCUCCCUCAAUCGAAACACCCUCUCGAAACAGGCUCUCGUCUCCCGCGCUCGAUACGAGGGGAUGCGGCCAGCCUCGAUGGACUCUCGUGCACGUGCCAGUUGACUCUGCUCGAGGGGAGCGUCGAACCCGACCACGCGCCCUCUCUCCCUCCCCCAACGGAAUAUGACUUCCGUCCGCUGAAUCCACGUUUCCUCCAGCUCCUUCGAACACCGUAACGCGGCUCCUCCAAGUGGGUCCCUCGAGGAGGUCGAAAGAGGGCGGCGGAGGGGGCGCGUCGGCCGCCGAUGGUCGAGAGGACGUCGGGUACGGAACGGGCAGACGAACGAGUUCCCGAUGCUGCAGCCACCGUCUCCCCUGUUGGAGAUGGCAUCGCUUCGCUUGCCGGACUCGGAGGAGUUCGACGUGGACCCCCGGCGAAGGAGCAACAACGGCAACGGGCCGGCCACGACGGUGUCGGCCGUGCCACCGGCCACCGUCUCCACCCUCCUCCAGGUGAGGAACGAGGUGGGCGAUUAUCUGAACAACCUGAUCGCCGAGGCGAUCGCCACCAGCCCGGGCAGGGCGCCGAUGGAGGAGCACGGGGGGGCCCUGCUGAACGCGAGCAAAACGGCGAACCUGACCGCGGGCGAUGCACAGAUACCGGUGGACAGAUUGUACAGGCACAGCAUGGCGAUGUCAGCGGUUUACUGUGUCGCUUACGUUCUCGUAUUCGUGGUCGGUCUGAUCGGGAACAGUUUCGUGAUCGCCGUUGUGUACAGAUCACCCCGGAUGAGGACCGUCACCAACUUCUUCAUCGUGAACCUCGCGGUCGCCGACGUCCUGGUCAUCGUGUUCUGCCUACCGGCCACGCUCUUGAGCAACAUAUUCGUACCAUGGUUGCUGGGAUGGUUCAUGUGUAAAGCUGUCGCUUAUAUACAGGGCGUAUCCGUGGCGGCCUCUGUCUACAGCCUUGUUGCGGUUUCCCUGGACAGGUUCCUGGCGAUCUGGUGGCCCCUGAAGUGUCAGAUAACGAAGAGGAGGGCUCGAAUGAUAAUAGUGGUGAUCUGGUUCAUCGCCCUCACCACGACUUCCCCGUGGCUCCUCUUCUUCGACCUGGUCGCCAUUUACAAAGACGAUCCAGACCUGAGGCUCUGCCUGGAGGUGUGGCCACACCCGAAAGACGAAACCCUCUUCUUCCUGAUCGGCAAUCUGACGCUGUGCUACGUACUUCCCACGAUCCUCAUCUCCCUCUGCUACAUCCUGAUCUGGAUCAAAGUGUGGCGGAGGCACAUACCCUCGGACACGAAGGACGCCCAGAUGGAGAGGAUACAGCAGAAAUCGAAGGUGAAGGUGGUGAAAAUGUUGGUCGUAGUCGUCAUACUGUUCGUCCUCUCGUGGCUGCCCCUCUACGUGAUCUUCACCGUGAUCAAGCUGGGCGACGAGCAAAGGGAGGACGAGAUCGUCCCCAUAGCCACGCCGAUCGCCCAAUGGCUGGGGGCGAGCAACUCGUGCAUCAAUCCGAUCCUCUACGCCUUCUUCAACAAAAAGUAUCGGCGAGGCUUCGUCGCAAUUCUGAAGAGCGGCCGCUGCUGCGGCAAGAUCAGGUACUACGAGACAGUGGCAAUGAUGUCCUCGUCCACGAGCAUGAGGAAGUCCUCGUACUACGUGAACAACAACAACAACAACAACAACAACUCGUCGACCAGGAGGACUUUCCACGGGCCCCCUGUCCACCAGGAGAGCAACGUCUCGUACAUAUUCAACCACACCGGCGUCUAAAGAAGAGUGGUCGCCACAGAUUUGAUGAGAUUUCACGUACGAAGGCUGGCUGCCCGGAUAGGCUGCUUCUUCACAGUGAGCCGGUCCGAGGUUAAUAUGGGUCACCCGUGAUCGCAACCGAUUGUCACUCGGAUCGGGCCCGUCGCCGAUUAUCACCGUCGUUGGACCACCUCCAACCAAAUAUGGAAGCACGCUGUUCGCCGACUCGCUUCCUCCCCCUCCCUUCUCCUCCUCUGCUCCCCUUUCCUCGGUUUCCGAUCGCGAUCGAAACGCGCGAUGCGAAAAUUGCCCUCAUUUUCCGAAGCGAGCCUGGAUCCCCCUUCCUCCCGACGAGAUCUCGCCUUUUUCACGAGCAAGCCUUUCUAGAUUUUUAAAGAAGAAACGAAGGGACCGAGCGUUUAAUUGGAGCUCCACUUGUCCCAACAUUUGAGAAUCGAUUCGAAAUUUUUGCGAAACGUUGUUGUUGCUACGAUUUUUAACCUGACUUUCUCGAUCGAAUGGCGUGUAACGAUAACAAGUGGAGUUCUGCGCAGUCGUUGGAAACGGUCGAUCGAUCGCAAAAGAAAAAAGGAAAGACGAUCUUUCCAUAGAUGGUCCAUUUGUAAUAUUGUAAAUUUGGAACGAGGAGGAAGGGCGAAAGCGAGAGGAGAAUGCUGCGCACCGUCAGCCACUGACGAUUUACUCAUAAUAAGUCCUUAGAGAAAUAAAGCACAGAGAUUUAUCCGUGCGUUGCAUGCUGCGACUCAAGUCGAGACACCUAAUUGCGUAACACCUAACGUUACCUUAUACUCACGUUAUACCGGCAUGUACGAUGAAGAUGGAAACGAGAUAGAGCGAAAAGUAACGAACGCACACCGAGCGAGAUAAGAAUGGGAAUGUUUCGAGAAUUUCGAACACUACCUCCGCAUGCAGAGAAAAAGCAGAAUUAAUAUUACGUAUCGUACACACUACUUGUACUUAUUAUUCGUAGUACACGGCUCCAACAAGUAUAAAAUAUACAUAUACACGUGCGUACAUAAUAUAUAUAUACAUAUAUAUAUUUUCUUAUCGGAACGUUAGACGAUCUAGUCGUUUUUUGGUGACUUGUUACGGUGCCAUUACGCUACGAUAAAUAGACGCGCCUGCGCGCGAACAGUGUGCGAUUAAUCGAACGAUUGAUCGAUCAACGAUGCUCUCGUCCGCCGCCGCCGCCGCGUUAUCAACGUUGCCUCGCUCCUUCCGUCUCAUCCGAGCCUUGCCCGGCCCACUGCACCCCCACCUAACCUCGCUUAUGUCCCAACACGAACUUGAUCCGACCCAGAGAAAGGCGGAAGCGACCGACUUUCCCGUUCUUUUUCUUUUUUUUUUCUUUCGUCUCGAUCGAUCACGUGCGCGACGAAUUAACGCGGUUACUGGCGACAAUAAAACGAUCUUUUACGCUGCAGUAGGGCAGCUCCUGUUACCGACUAGUUUCAGAGACCAUGCUUACGUGCGCGCGGCGAAUUGUCCGCGACGACAGCGCCACUUUCGCUGGAUCUACGUACUAUUGUUGGGUAACCAAAAAGAUUUUGUCGUCUCUCCUUGCGCGUGGCUGAAAAGAAAAAGAAUUGUUAUUUUCAUUUGGUUGACAACGAGUAUUAUUAUAAGCGAGUAUCAGGGGAAGACGAAAAAGAAUUUUCUUGGUUGUCCAACGUUAUCGUAUUGGAAAAGGUUUUAUCGUCUUCGAUGAUUUGCUGUCGGCACGUAUUCGUAUUUUUUUAGAGCUCGAUCUCUCCAAAUCGUAACGUAGAGUAAUCGUACGAGAUGGGCCAGUUUUAUCCACGUCGAAAUUUGUGUAUUGUGCAGAACAAAGAGAAUGUAUCGUGUAAACAUAGGUUGCUCGAGACUUGGUAGAAAGUAAGAAUAGAUCGAUGUUUAAUUUCGAAAAUAUUUAUCGUUCCAUUUCGAAGUCAGUAUGUACAUUCGUGUACAUAUAUACGUAGAAUAAGAAAUUUGUUACAACUUUUCGGUCGACCUAUGUUUAUAUAACGCUAUUCGUUACCAAAAUUUGACUGGAUACAAUUGAGACACUCUGUAUAUGCACAAUUGUCCGUUAGCCACAUCUCGUUCUAACUCGUCAGAGAGGAGCCGAAAGAACUGUAAAUUGACGUUCGUAACGAAUAUUGUUUAAAAACUGGGGAUGAAAGAAGGUUGUCCUUUCCAUUUCCUAUCGAUAAUUUGAUUCAAAAUAAUAAUUUUAGAAAAUUUUAUUUUUUUCUACAACCACUUUCAUAUCCAGUUUGUUCCACUCUGACGAUUACCAACGAGUGUUUCGUUGUUCUUCUACGAGACUUUUAUCGGGCAUUUACGUAGCACAUCCUUCCUCGAUACCUCGAGAGGAUAUCUCGAUCAACUGUGAAUUGUUUUUCCUGUGCAAAGUAUCCCACGUAUACGAUAAACGUUGGAUAAAUUCCCACUCUUGCUAUUUUUUCUUCUCACAAAACUCAUAUAUAUAUACAUCAUAUUUAUUUUCCACAUUCUUCUCUUUUUUGCCUUCCCAUUUUUUAUUUCACAAAAGAACACUCGUAUCGAGAUUAAUUUUCGAUUCCACUUUCGAGCAAGUUACAUAUGCAAAGAGAAUUUCCAUCGUUGCACAAAAUGGCCAUUUAUCCGACGUUCACCGUUAAAAGAGAGAUCCUCCAACUGCGAAAUGAAGGGAAAAUGAAUAAUCAUGGGGCACAGUGGUCGCGUGUAUUCAAAUGCUACCGACUUGAGAAUUAUACAUAAUAACUUGACUCUUUGUAAUACUCGAUAUGUAAGACGGUGUAACGUAAAAAAUAAAAAAAAAAAAAAAAACAAAGUGCUGCGGGAUUUUAUGAUAGAGCAACUAUUUUCGUAAGGUUUUUAUACGUGGCGAAGACAGGAUCUAUAAUAGAUGUAACGAAAUGCCGUAUAUGCGAGGUAUAUAAUUGUAAUAGGCGGUCGUGCGAGGAAAUAAAUUUAUUCAUAUCUAUAUCGUAGGCUUAAAAAACGAUGUCGACGAAGUCGCGUGACGUUCUUAGAAAGUAAGAAGUAUAUAUAUAUAUAAAAGAAAACACAAAAACGAAAAAAAAAAAAAAAGAAAUCGUUACAUAAGGAUGAAGAGAAGAAGAGCACGAGGAAUGAAGCGACGAAAGGAAAUAGAAAUAAUUGUGAAAAAAUGAAAAAAAAGAAGAAAUAACGGAGGCACGCGUGUCGUGGAAAUAAAAUAAUUAUUGCAAUCUCUCGAGAAGCGACUGUAUACGUAAGCGUCUUGUAAGUUAACGAUCUAUAUUGUAAGGAUAUGAUAUUUAUAUAAAUAGUAUAUACAUAUAUAUUAUAUAUAUAUAUUAUAUAUAUAUAAAUAUAUAUAUAUAUAUAUAACGUGGAACUAAACGUCUAUCUGCUAUCUCUAUGUAAAUAAUGUAACUUAUAAUAUUACUGUAAGUAUGUAUAUCGUUGCUACGUUGUUACUAUAUACACCGCUGUUACCUUCGUUCUUAUUCGUUGCCUCCCUCUCUCUCGUCCGAGGGACACCUCAAGGCUCGUUUACAAUUGCAGACAAUUGUCUGUGGAUAUUUGUUUAUCAUAAUAGAACGAAUCGAUUGUUAGUCGAAUUGAACGAAAAGGUAAUUCGAAAGGAUGGGAAAUAAUAUCCAGUUUUAUUUGUACUUCUUUUUUUUUUUCUUUGCAUACAGCGCACUCUGUCGGCGGCAUCUCGAACUGUAUAAUCUUAUCGAAUCACAAGAGAAAGAGAAACAAUUUCCAAGACGUUGAAAUUGAUAUUUUAUUCUACAUUUCUUUCUCUUUCUCCUCACCCUUCGAAACGAUCUGUUUCACGAAAAUAUCCUCGGACAAGCGUCUGUAAGCGAUCCACCACUCGUCUCAGCGAGAUUUGUUCUUAAUCGGGGAGCGAAAAAAAAGAAAAGGUUCGUUGCUGAUCGUUUCGUGUUGCGCACAGUCAAAGAAAAAAUAGACUUCUUACUAUUGUUCCAAAAAAAAAAAAAAAAAAAUAAGAAAAAAAAGGAGUCUAUAUCGUCGUAUUAUUUCUCGUCUAAUAGAAACUCGUUCUCUCGGUCAAACUCGUUCGUUUCGAAUUGUACAUAGGCAUCGUUUGCGAUAUUUGAACAUCCUAUAUAUAUAUCGUGCAUCCACUUGUUCCAACGCAAUUUAGAUUUGAUUGAUAUCGAUUGUUAAUCCCUUGCCCCCUCCUCUCCCAAACUAUUUUGAUAUUUGGAGCGUCCACAGUGUAACUGACACUCGUUAGGUUAUAUACUUUUAAAAAAUAAUAUAUCGAUCGACUCGAGUCUAUCUAUCGAAACGCUGUACACGCUGUACAUUGUUGUUGGUAUUUUCGUGUAUUUUCGUAUUUUACGUACACACACUACGUACUAUUGAUACUAUUUUUUAUAAGAUAAAACGACGAUGAUCACUCGCUACACGUCCUUAUAAAGAUACGAUGACGAGGAGGUGGAGAAACAGAUGAGAAUGUGAUCGAUUGAUUGACUGUACGUGUCGGGGAAAUCCGCGUGGCGUUAAAGGCUGGCCGGCAGGUGUUUCGAUGUUGCCUUUUUUCUUUCUCUUUUCCUUUUUUUUAAGAUCUGUUAUAACGCGUUCUAUAAUAAUAAUAAUAGUAAUAAUAAUAAGUAUCGCUUGCAAUUUCAGAAAUUGCACGAUUUUUAUUCUCUUGGCUCUUAUUAGUAUAAUUGUUAUAUUUGUAAAUUUGAGAAUCGGUAUAUACAAGUAACUAUUUUUUCUUUAUCGGUAUUUAACGUUACAUUUAACAUUACACUGCUGCGUAAUCCCUAGAUCUCGAUAGUGAAAGAAUGUGCAGCAGAAAGAAAUAAACGUGACAUUGAGGAUAAUAUAUCGACGCGUGGCAAUCGAGGAUAGUAAUAAAUUAGCGAAGGUAGAAUUGUGAGAACGUUAAAUAUAAACUGUAAAGUCUAUGAUUUUUUUUCAAAAUCGAUUGUCAUCGAUAUAUAUAUAUUGUAAGAGAAGAAAGUUCAAUUUUUUAAAGAUCUUAAGAUGGUAAAUAUUAAGUGUUUGUUAUAAAAUUAUAAUAAUUAAAUUAAUAAUCAAAUAAGAUCGUAAUGCUUGUUUGAUCGAACUGAUCGAUUAAAUUGUAUUCCAUAGAAUCUAAAAAAUUGAUCGAAUUGGAAUAUCGUUUUGCCUAAAAUGAUCUGUUUUGAAAAAGGUGAAAGUUCCAAAAUUUAUCGUGUUAAAACAAAAAUUCCUCUUUGUACUAAAUUUCCUCGACCUUGCCAAACGUUAUUAUUCGCGUUACUAACUCUAAAAUUUCAUUGACUUUCCAUAAUAAUAGAAAAUUUUAUUUUUACGUCUACGUUACUUUAUCGCAAAUUUUUCCAUUCAACAUCCUCCUUCCACCGUUCUAAAAUCCUCCUCGACCAAUAUUACAAGAAUCACAAAGGAUCUAUAAAAAGAAGAAAUUAGCAUUCCAACGACAAUUCAUAAAACGCGAAACAUCAGCUGGCCAGUUAGAACCGUCAAGCCUGGUAUCUCGCUGGUGCGACGAUUUCGUUUGCAAACGAGGCUAGAUCGAUUCUCAAACCAAAAGAAAAGAAAAAAGGGGGGGAAAAAGCAACCUCCGGAUCCGUUCCUAUGCUUGUCGUUCACGAAAGCGAAAAUAAAUAACACGUAUAAAACGGAUAAUACUGCUGAAUGAAAGUUUUCCUUUGCGCGAGGACGAAUCGCUUUGCCGCUAGGGCUGGUUUUUCUAUCCUUGUUCCUUAUUUCGUACGGCGGAUUGAUGGUGGAUCGAGGAACCGCGGAUAGAUCCACGUAAUCUGAAUCAUUAGUGAUCUGUGAACAUAACGAAGACACACACGGUGGUUUGUUUGUUUGUCUGUUUGGAGAGAGUCGAGGGAUGUUUAUCUUCUAAAUUUGGUUGAAAGGAUUCGAACGAAAGGAAGAUUUUUAUAGGAUUAGGAUUUUAGUGCAUUUAACUGGGAUUCAAAGAAAUUUAUCGGUAUAUGGAAUGUGCAAUUAUUGUUGUAUUAUCGAAAGAAUUUUCAUUUUUUAAAAACAUUUUCGCUAGAAAUAUCUUUUCACUUUUAAAAACCUACGUUGGAUGCUUUAAUAAAAUUGUAUUUUCAACAUUGAUAACUAUUGCACGUACAUUUAGAUAAUCUUUAGGCCGUGCUUAAAUUAUAAGUUAAACGAGUAAAAAAUUAACAAUUUCAAAUUGGAAAGAAUCUUCACGUAUCUUCGCGAAUUUCAUUGUAUCGAGAAAGAAAAUAUCUCUCUAUCUCUUUCUUCCUUCCUUCCUUCCUUUUUCCUCUUCUUUCUUCUCUUUCGAUUUUAACGCUAUGGGGCCAAAGCGCGUGAUUUCUGCAAAGUUUUCUAAAAUUGUACGCGAUUCGCGGCAAAAAAUUUGAACACUUUUCAAUGGAAUUACAGAAGAAGAAAAAAGAAAAUGCACGAUUGAUUUCUCGAAGCAAGGAAAAGAGAGUUUUUUCCCGCGAAACGUAAAGAAAGAAGGCGUGAACGAUGGCCGCAGAUUGUCUCGAGCCUCUAUCAAUUCAUCGGAUAUUUUUCUACACGGGUUCGAUUAGAUUUUUCAAAAGCGUGGUGGCGUGUGUGUGUAAAUAAUAAAACGGCAAUUUUAGAGGAGUAUUGUAUUAAUAUUAUUAUUACAUUAUUUACUAUCGAUUUACAUGAAAAAUGUUUACACAGGCUAAGGUAACAUAAAGAUAUUUCUCUAUAAAUUUACAUCGAAACGAAAAUGGAAAAAAAAAACAGGAAAAAAGGAAAAAAUGCAAAAAAAAGAAGAAGACGAAGAGGAGGCGAGUAACUCCGAGUAACUAAAAGUUCUUGGAACAAGGAUGGAAUACUUGGAGCGGCGAACUUGAGAGUAAGCUAAGCUCUCUGAGAUUGUUUGUACAAUCACCUCGAUGAAAUAUUUGUAGCAGGGAUGGGACGGUAAAAACUUCGAAACCGAACCAAGAAAUUUCGAGUUUCUCGAACUUGGAAGCUUUUUCCGAAACUUUGCGAACAUUUAAUAAUCCAUCCAGAAAAAGAUCAAGUUUUUUCGAAGGAUUUCAAAAGUCAAAAUCUUUUCCCGAUCUUCCAUUUUUUUGGUUUUCAACAGUUUCGAGGUUCGAGAGGUUUCGAGAAAUUGAUUGGGAUCGAGUCUCGACCCAUCUUCGAUUUCUAAUCCUUGAAGAAAAUAUAUAGAUAAUUCCGACGUUUCUCUACAAUAAUAAAGAAUAAAAAAUCUAAUAAGAAGAAGAAGAAGAAGAAAAAAAUAACAAGAGUACAUAUUUAUACCGAUGUAUUUUCUUCGAAAUUAUGUAUAGUUUCGAUUCUCCUUUUCCGUUUCAGAGAUUAUUUUAAAAUAACAGUAAUAGAUGUAGACGUAGAAAGGUGAGAUUGAAAUUGUGAAGAAAGUUUGAGCGUGUUCUCGUUGCAAUUCGUUAGAUAUCGAAGCGAGGAACGAUCGAAGAGGAGGAUCGUCGUAACGAUUGUGAACGGGGCACGAGUUCGAUGCGAUUUCUCGUUAAACGUGGAAGAAAAAAACAGAAGCUAUUAUUUCGUUUUCGACAUCGAGCGAAAUCGAGCUUUUAUUCGAUGAUAGAUUACGCUUUAUCGUACGCUACGCCGAAUUUAAAUGGAAAUAUCUUAUUUUCCAGCAUUCCCUUUUCCCCUUGGAGAACAAAAAGAAUAAAUAUAAUUAUAGUGGGAACGUAUCGUGGGCAAUUUGUUCGAUUUUGUUAAUUAUAUGUACGUAAUUUCGGCCUCUUGAGAUAUACAAGUACAGAAAAUGUUUAAACAAACAGUUGAAUUAUUUAAAAUUUUGUAAAUGACAAAUUUUCUUUUUUAAAUUUUUCGUUUAAAAAAGGAAGAAGGGAAUGAAUAAUAAAAUUGGUUAAAUGUUUAUAUUUCAUCAUUCUGAGAAUGAAAACGAAAUAUAAAGAUACAAAUUCUCAUCGACAAAUUGUCUUCAACGAAAAUUAUCCCUCUAUAAUUUUUCUUUCCUUUUUUUUUUUUAUCCUAAGCUUUAUUCCAAAUUGAAAUAAUCCAUUUAUGCAUCCGUUAGGUUGUAAUCGUUGCAAGCUUACGUAUACGUAUAAUUAGUAGAAGCAUUUAUAUUCCUAGCGGAUAUAGACAACACAGUGGAUUAUUGCUUUCAAGAAAAUUCAAGAUGUUAAAGAUGUUAUCGAUAAUACUUGUUGCAAAGUAGCGAUCGAUUUAAACGACACCGUUUGUUGAUAGACGAACAAAAAAGGAAAAAAAGAAAAAAAAAUGAAAAAAAAAAAAUAAAAAUUACCUGUAGAGAUCCUUUGAUAAUUGUUAAGUUUAAGAAGGGCUGGUUUUUGGACAGCUUUGCUCGAUCAGUUUGUAGAAAAUGAAAAAAAUGGUCGAAUCCGCACAUAGCAAUUCUUGUUCAGAAUUAUUAUUAUUAUUAUUAUUAUUAUUAUCGUUAAUGUAGAGAGAGAAAAAAUUGUUAUCGUUGCGAUGUUUAUCACUCGAUGUCUCCACGCGAUGAUUCGAAGGAGGAGAGGAAUAAUUUCGUAAUUUGUCGACCGACAAUGUUGAAUUAAUUUUUGAAAAAAAGAAAUUGCAAUUAAAAAAAGAUCUAGCACUUUAUUGUCUUACAACUGAAACAAUUUUAUUACCAUUUUGCUUGCUUUUCAUUCUUGUUACAAAAUCUUGAAUCGAUUCCACAUCGCGGGACUGUGGAUUUUUGCGGAUGUUCAAAUAGACAGAAAAUAAUACGUAAAAAGAUAAGAAGAAACUACAAAUUUUAUUAUCAAAUCCUCCAAAUAGAAAAUGUCGCACUAUCGAAGUCAAUAUUUGGUUGAUUGAAGAACAGUAAAAAAUUACUUUUUACUUUACACGACGAUAUCUCGGGAACCGGAACUUAUAUCGAGAUAAAUGAAAGAGGGUUUUAAAGAGCAAGGAUCCCCGUUUCUAAUGAUCUUUCAUCCAUUGAGCUAGGAUUAUUAUCUUCGAAGUUAUAGCGAUUCAAAGUUUUCUUAAUUUUAAUUGAAUUUCUAAGGUGCGUUAGCGAUAACUCGGCGAAAAAUUAUCUUCUUCUUUACAUGACGAUAUCUCGGGAACCGGAAAUCGUGCGGAGAUAAACUAAUGAUCUUCGAUUCGUUGAUCAGAGAUCAUUAUCUUCGAAGUUACAGCGGUUCAAAGUUAUCCUUAUCCGUGUAUAUGAUUAUUCUUAAUCCAUUUAGCAUAAAUACAAAACGUGCGAUGCAAUAAGAAAAAUAUUUGCACAAAAAUCCACAGUCCAAUUAUUAUAUUGUAAAUACACACAUUAAUUUAUAUUAUAUUAAUUCAAAAUUCAUAAUAAAUAUUCGUUUUAAUUAUUCAGCAGACGAUUAAGUGCUACACACACAUAUAUAUAUAUAUAAAUAUACAUAAUCUCGUCAAAGAUUAUUUCUCGAAAUCGAUAUAACUCGGAUAGACCUUAUUAUCUUAUCUUAUGCACAUGGUGAACAAAAUAAAUAAAUAAAAAACGUAGAUCCCUCGAUUUAAGCUCGCAUGAAGAAAGAAAGAAAGAAAGAAAGAAAAAAAAAAAAGGAGAAGAGGAGCCACUAAUCUAGAGAACAAGCAUUUUUAAGUUCCCUUUUUCCUUUGCUUUGACGGGUACACGUGUUAUAUGGAUAAGCGGCAUUAUCCGAAUAACAAUGAAAUAAUAGAAACAUACUAGGUAAGGAAAUGUUUGCGAAUGAAAUUGAUAAGUGUUUUAAUAUUGUAUCGAAGCGUGUGUAUAUGUAUCUCGCGAAGAAAAAAAAAAGAAAAAAAAAGAAAACUCGAAAAAAAAAAAAAGAAGAAGAAGAAAAGAGAGAAGAAAAUUAAAACGACAUCGAUGCCUACGCCCCCCACUCCCCCUCCUCCCCGCCCCCGUUUUAUUCACGAUAUUCAAAACACUUUACGAUUCGCAAAGCCCCGAACGUACGUGAACGACACACCGUUCGCGGGCCGGUCUUCUUCGUUUGUUGUACGUUUCAGUAUCCGGAUUUGUCGUUGGAGGGGGCGGCGACUCGGUGCCCUGCCGAUCUCUGCGUCGCCCACCCGAUAAUAAAAGCGGUUCGUUCAACGGUGGAAGUAGCAAUAAAAUUUCACUUGCUUCCUCCUAAUUUUGUCAUCCCUAUUGUUCACAACUGUUCACACGAGUUAUUUAUUAGAGGUGGCAGGGACGAUGAGCGAGCCCCCCCCUUGCGAGGAUUAAAUAAUAAUGAGUUGCGAAUAAGUAUACGUAUUUUCUCAAUGAAAAAUGAUGAAAAGGAUACAUAUAUAUAUAUAUGAAAUAUUAUAUAUAUGUAUAUCUAUUCAAUAAAAUACUUCCACUGUAAGAUACAAA